AUGGAACCGAUCAGCGGAGUCGUGGCUGCAGUCGUCGCUGUGCACACCGUGGUACUUAAUCUGUACAACAUCACCUCCUCCAUCCGGAACAUUCCUCUCGAGCUUCGAAGCAUUGACAAUCAAUGUGGCGUCAUCAGGGUAACCUUGUCUCACAUUGAACGCAUUCUCCGCGAGCGCACAGAACAGGAUGCCCAAAGGCAGGACAACAUAUGCGAGGAUCUGCAGGGGACUCUUCGUGGUUGCCAGCAGCUCUUUGAGGAGCAGUUGGGAAGAUUGCAGGGAUAUGGCAUUGGCAACGACUUGAAUGUUCUUGACCAAAAGAACAAGAAGAAGAUAAUAAAGGCCGCCUUGAGCAGGGCCGAGCUGGAUUUCCAUCAGCAGCGUUUGAGAGAGCAAUUUGAGGUCCUCCGUCUGAUGCUCGAGGGACUCCGAAUGCCGCACAACGAAGCUCCUGAUCAACAGUGCAGGUCGUGCAGACGCGGACGAGUCGAAUCCGUGAGACGACGGUCAGAUCCUUCACCUCAAGAAAUCACUGAACCCCUGCGGCAGCCCAAUGCUGGUAUUGGGAGCCGCAUAAGACGAAUUUGCUCCAGUUGGUCAAUCAGCCGAAGCUCUAUAUCCAGGGUCUCUACUGAGGCACAGACAUUCGACUCCACGGUUGAAAGUUCGAGACCUCCCAUCCCUGCGACCGAGCCGUCCGUGCCGCAUCCCACCUGGACCAGGUCGAGCAAGUCGACAAUCACCGUGCACGAGUUCGAAUCCCAGAGUACAAUCUACGAACCCACUAUCGUGAAUGUCCAGUGCGAAAUUCGGAAGAAAUCCGAGAGACCCACCACGGUGCGGUCAUCCAGAUCGACUCCAAUGAUGAGGGAGAGACCAAGUACUGUCUAUCGGGAACCUUCCGCCGUGCCUGCUGUUCCUUCCCUGCCCGCGCAUUACGCGCAAGCGGAGAGGACAGAGGGGACACCCAUGUGUCCAGAUACUGUUCAGAACCACCCCACUAGUUCUCCAGGUGACGUGCAGACCAGAGAACCGCGGGCGCCGCUGUCGGAAAAGAGUGCAAAUGCCCAGAUCCAGCGACCGAAUCAAGUGUCUAACGGCCAAAAGGCCAGGAGGAGGUUUGCGCCAGGCCAUCGCAAAACCGUGAGCGCCUGUGAGCCGCAAAGAACAAUCCCGGAGCUCGCGCACUUGAGAAAUCUGAAUCAGUCAAGUUGUGACCUCAACACGACACAAGGACACCAUCUCAACCGGGAUCAUUACCCUGAAGACGAGCUUUUGACUGCGACCCUCACAAGUGUAGAACUAACUUGA